AUGAGAUUUCGCAGCAUUAGCGCUGUUCGCAACACGGAGAAUCUACAUCUGCCGUUCCUCAUCACCAAAUACAAGUAUGAACCUCUACCAACACCAACAUGCAUCCGGCUCCUGGAAAUCGCUCCAUUUGCAGAGAAGAACGUCAUCCGCUGUUCUUUGAGAACGUUUGAGCUACAGCACUCGCCAAACUUCAGAGCGCUCAGCUAUACUUGGGGUGAGAGCCAAGUCAAGAUACCGCAACUUUUGAAAGAUGCGUCACAUUUUGGUGGUCAAAGACGUACCAGACGUGCAGUGGAAGAGGUUGAAAUAGGACCACCGCGCAAACAUUCGAUCAUCUGUGACGGCCAACUCAUCAAGGUCACUACGAAUCUGCGAGACGCUCUCCGCAUGCUCACCAACACCAUCAAUAUAGCACACACACCGAAGACGCCCAGUUUCUACUGGAUCGACGCUCUGUGUGUGGAUCAAAGUAAUGUCGCCGAGCGGAAUAAUCAAGUCAAACGAAUGGGCGAUGUCUUCAAGAAGGCAGACGGCGUGGUCGUAUGGCUAGGCAAGGAUGAUGAGUUCGUACACGAUGCACUGAAGACAAUUCGUACCAUUGCCUCAACCUCUGACAAGUCUUGGCCACUGGUACCUUAUACGUCAUUUUAUGAGCCGGAGAAAGCGCCACAUCUGAACUUAUCUUUCUACAACUGGCUUGGAUUCAUGUGA